AUGGUCGAACUGGAGAAGGAGGUGCUCCCGCUGCCCCCUCGGUACCGGUUCCGAGACCUGUUGCUCGGGGACUGGCAGACCGACGACAGGGUGCAGGUAGAGUUCUAUGUGAAUGAGAACACCUUCAAGGAGCGCCUCAAGCUGUUCUUCAUCAAAAACCAAAGAUCCAGUCUGCGAGUGCGAAUGUUUAACUUUGCUCUGAAAGUGCUGAGCUGCCUCCUCUACAUCGUCAGAGUCCUGCUAGACAACCCGCAAGAGGAAAGACAGGACUGUGUGAGCGGGAUUAACUGCACCAAACAAAACACAUCAUCCCGUCCCUGGAGUGAAUUUGACUGGAAACUGAUCAUCUGGGUUGAUAGACCUCUACCGCUGUGGGGACUGCAGGUGCUUGUGGCUUUCAUCAGCUUUUCAGAAACUAUGUUGCUGGUGUAUCUAAGCUACAAGGGCAACGUAUGGGAGCAAGUAUUACGUGUCCCCUUCAUUCUGGAGAUGAUCAGCGCUGUUCCCUUCAUGAUCACUGUGAUUUUGCCCUCCUUCAGAAAUCUCUUCAUCCCUGUAUUUCUCAAUUGCUGGCUGGCCAAGCACGCUUUGGAGAACAUGAUAAAUGAUCUCCACAGGGCAAUCCAGCGGACACACUCAGCCAUGUUUAACCAGGUGGUGAUACUUAUCAGCACACUGGUCUGUCUCAUGUUUACGUGCAUCUGCGGCAUUCAACACCUCGAACGAGCGGGCAACAAUCUGACCCUGUUUGACUCGCUCUACUUCUGCGUAGUCACCUUCUCCACCGUGGGUUUCGGAGAUGUCACCCCUCAGAUCUGGCCUUCGCAGCUCCUCGUUGUCAUCAUGAUCUUUGUGGCACUUAUUGUGCUUCCCAUCCAGUUUGAGCAGCUGGCCUUUCUGUGGAUGGAGCGACAGAAGUCUGGGGGGAACUACAGCCGUUACAGGGCACAGACGGAGAAACACGUGGUGCUGUGUGUCAGCUGUCUCAAGAUCGAUCUCCUCAUGGACUUCCUCAAUGAGUUCUUCGCUCACCCUCGGCUGCAGGACUACUACGUAGUGAUCCUUUGCCCAGCAGAGAUGGAUGUCCAGGUUAGAAGGGUCCUGCAUGUUCCUCUGUGGGCCCAGAGAGUCAUCUACCUGCAGGGCUCAGCCCUCAAAGACCAGGACCUGAUGAGGGCCAAGAUGGACGAUGCUGAGGCCUGCUUUAUCCUCAGUAACCGGUUUGAAGUGGAUCGCAUUGCUGCUGAUCAUCAGACAAUCCUCAGAGCUUGGGCAGUGAAAGACUUUGCUCCAAACUGCCCCCUGUACGUCCAGAUUCUCAAGCCAGAGAACAAGUUUCAUGUGAAAUUUGCAGAUCAUGUGGUGUGUGAAGAAGAGUUUAAGUAUGCUAUGCUGGCCUUAAACUGUGUGUGCCCUGGUACCUCAACUCUCAUCACUCUAUUGAUCCACUCCUCUAGAGGACAAACGGCACCCCAAGAGGCCUUUAAGCAGCGUGUAGGAGCAUUUCAAGCCCUCAAUAGGGAGGGCGGCGCGUGUUCAGCGGACCAAUGGCACCGGACCUACCGGCGCUGCUCAGCCAACGAGGUGCAUCACAUUCGACUGGAAGAAAGUAAAUUCUUUGGGGAAUACCAGGGCAAGAGUUUCACGUUUGCCUCCUUUCAUGCUCACAAAAAGUAUGGAGUAUGUUUGAUUGGAGUGCGCAGACUGGACACCACCAACAUCCUGCUGAACCCUGGUCCAUGCCACAUCAUGGGGGCCUCUGACACAUGCUUUUACAUCAAUAUCUCGAAAGAGGAGAACUCAGCAUUUGUCAGGGGCCAGAGGGAACCGUCGUGGGGCGGCACAGGCGGAAAUGCCAGGGGAGUGCACCAAACCAUCUACCACGGACUCACCCGCCUGCCAGUCCACAGUAUCAUCGCCAGCAUGGGCACAGUUGCCAUCGACCUGCAGGAUUCCAGCGACAGCAGCCCAGAAGGCCAGGAUCCAGGAGGCACAGGGCUGGGCAGUGGGAGAGGAAGCAGGAGCAGCUCCAGGACAGAGAUGGGAGGUGCCAACACCUUGGCUCUGCCUGCCAUGGGAGACUCAGCAGAAGAGAGACGGCACAGCAUUGCCCCCGUCCUGGAGCUGGUGGACGGUGUCAACAACCCCACAUUUGACCUGCUGGGAGACCAGUCAGAGGACGAGGGAGGAGAGGAGGGCAAGGAGGACAGCGACAAAGAUGAGAGCGCCCACUGGUGGGGUCGACACUGCGAGUGGGUGAAGGGUUACCCGCUAAAUUCUCCAUACAUCGGUAGCUCACCCGCACUGUGCCACCUUCUACAAGAAAAGAUGCCUUUCUGCUGCCUGCGCAUGGACAAGGCUUGUCACCACAUUCCUUUUGAGGAUGCCCGCUCCUAUGGCUUCAAAAACAAACUGAUCAUUGUGUCUGCGGAGAGUGCAGGGAACGGUCUUUACAACUUCAUCGUGCCUCUACGGGCCUACUACCGACCAAGGAAGGAGCUCAACCCCAUCGUGCUGCUGCUGGAGAGCAUACCUGAAGCAGACUUCCUGGAGGCAAUUUGUUGGUUCCCCAUGGUGUUCUACACAGUGGGCUCCAUCGACAAUCUGGACAGUUUGCUGCGAUGUGGAGUCACAUUCGCUGGCACCAUGGUGGUGGUUGACAAGGAGAGCUCCAUGAUUGCGGAGGAGGACUAUAUGGCUGAUGCAAAGACCAUCGUCAACGUCCAGACCUUGUUCAGACUGUUUCCAGCUCUUAGUAUCAUCACAGAGCUCACACAUCCAGCCAACAUGCGCUUCAUGCAGUUCAAAGUCAAAGACCACUACUCCCUAGCUCUGUCCAAACUGGAAAAGAAGGAAAGGGAAAAGGGGUCCAACCUGGUCUUUAUGUUCCGCCUGCCCUUCGCUGCUGGGAAGGUUUUCAGCGUUAGCAUGCUGGAUACUCUCCUCUACCAGUCAUUUGUGAAGGACUACAUGAUCUCCAUCACCAGGCUGCUGCUUGGUUUGGACUCCAUGCCCGGCUCAGGUUUCCUCUGUGCUAUGAGAAUCACAGAAGAUGACUUGUGGAUCCGCACCUAUGGCAGGCUCUACCAGAAAUUAUGCUCCUCCACUGGAGACAUCCCCAUAGGCAUCUACCGUACAGAAGCCCACAAGCUUCCAGUCUCUGAGUCCCAGGUAUCCAUCACAGUUGAAGACUACGAGGACACCAGAGAACCCAGAGAGCCCCUUCUGUCCCGGACCAGCACCCAUCGUAACUCCACCUCCUCGGAGCCCAUCUCCACCUCUUCCCACUCGUCAGACCACCCGCUGCUGAGGAGGAAGAGCAUGCAGUGGGCACGGCGGCUGAGCAGGAAGGGGGGUCGGAGCUCCAGUGGGGCCAAAGGGGGUCCGGGCAGCGCGGCAGAGAGGAUCAGCCAGCAGAGACUGACCCUGUUCAGGCGCUCAGAGAGGCAGGAACUCAACGCCCUGGUGCGAACAAGGAUGAAGCAUUUGGGCCUUUCUCCAACUGGAUUCAAUGGGAUGACAGACCAAGGGAACAGACUGUCGUACAUCCUCAUCAACCCUUCUCCAGACACCAGACUGGAGCUGCAUGAUGUUGUGUACCUGAUCAGACCGGACCCCCUGUCCCUGGUACCCAAUCAGGGGAGUAGCAGGAAGUGCAGCGCCGGGCUCUCAGAGAGCCACAGGUUCGAUACACAGGACAGCACCCAUCUGUGA